AUGAUGGAAUACAUGGAUGAUAAAUUCGCCUUGAAAAGCCCAGCGGUGAAAGGCGGUGAUUACUACAUGGGCUCCGGCGGUGCCCUGGAGCAGGUCAUGGAGGGUUUGGACGGGGUGCAGUACUACAGCAAGGCUUCCCCCAAAUGCGUGCAGGUCUUCGGGCUGCAGAGCGGCGAGCAGCACGCGCGGAUGGAGCGCGCGUCACCCUGCACGGAGCAGAGCGCGCAUUACGGUGGGCCGAAGCCGGAGGCAGAGAGCGCCGGUGUGCAGGCGGAGGUGGGCCGGCCUCUGGACGGCUGCUGCGGCGUGAGCAGGUCCCCGCUGGUGUCGGCCGGGCGGGAGAAAAGCAGCGUGGAGGAGCUGGGGGACAAAUGCGACAGUAACGUGUCCAGCAGCAAGAAACGGAGACACCGCACCACCUUCACCAGCGCCCAGCUGGAGGAGCUGGAGAAAGUCUUUCAGAAGACGCAUUAUCCAGAUGUGUAUGUGAGGGAACAACUGGCCAUGAGGACGGAACUAACAGAGGCCCGGGUGCAGGUGUGGUUCCAAAACAGAAGAGCAAAGUGGAGGAAAAGGGAGCGCUACGGGCAGAUCCAACAGGCCAAAAGUCACUUUGCAGCCACCUACGACCUGUCAGUCUUACCGAGGACUGACAGCUACUCACAGAUUCCCAACAACCUGUGGCCCAGCCCGGCUCCCGGCAGCUCGGUGGUUUCUUCCUGUAUGCUGCCCCGAGGUUCUCCCCCCUGCGUCACCUCCUACUCCCACUCCCCGCGUUCUACCACCGGGGCAGCGGACCACGGCUACAUGGGCUUCCCUAACCAGCAGAACCAGUUCAGCCAUGUCUCCCUCAACAACUUCUUCAGCACCGACUCCCUCCUGACGCCGCCGGCCAAUGGCCACCAUGCUUUUGACGCCAAGCCCGAGUUUGAGAGGCGCUCGUCCAGCAUUGCUGUGCUACGCAUGAAGGCCAAGGAGCAUACGGCCAACAUCUCCUGGGCAAUGUGA